CGUUUACUGUCAUCUGACAGUAGCGAAGCUGAAAAAUUUUCCGUAAUCCUUCUUGCAAGGUAAAAGUGAUUCAGGAUUUUUUCGGAUUUUAGUGGUAUCUUUUCAACGUUUGGAACCAUGAUUCCAACACUUAGAACCGCGCUACUCCUGUGUGCGAUAUUCGGCGGAACUUUAGCGCACUAUGGUGGCCCAUUCCUGCUGUGGGGAGUCAACGAUUUGAAGGACGUCGAAGUUUCGGCACUAGAGGGAAUGGACGAUAAGUUUCUAAGGGAUUUGUACUCGAAUUCGGCGGCCGUGGUGCUAUUCCUACGGAACGGAACCACCCGGCUGAGCGACGAUACCUUCCCGGGCUUCCGGCGCAUUUUGGAAAAGCACGAGUUCGCCUACAGUCCGCAGCACGAGCUGCUUUCGAACCCACUCGAUUACAACGUUAACGCUGAGAUCAUCAACCUGGUCGGAUCGCCGGCUCAGCAGGACGUCGAACUGUCGGCGCUUUAUCGCGAUUCCGUUGCCAACUACGGUGAACGCAAGGUUCUGGGCAUUUUGGCCAACCGCUGGGACGACUCCUACACCCACGCCUACUACCAUGGACUGCACAAGCGAGAAGCCAAGGACGAUGCGACUUCAACCACACCGGCCGGGCCGACAGACGAACCGGAAAUCGAUGACGCCCUGUACAACGUGCCGGGCAAGGCGCUGAUCUACGUCACAUCCGCCCCCGUUUUGACCAUUAACAGCACCGACGAUGAGUACGUGCUCAGCAAACACACGGUCGCCACGUACGAUGCGCGGGAACGGGAGAGCAAGAUGAUAGUGAUUUUCAAAGUCGAGGAUACCAAUAAGCUCACGUUGCGGUUCCGCUUCGAGAUGGAUUCCGGCUACUGGUCCAUGCCGAAGGUGGACGUCUUUCUGAUCGAUACCAAGAGCAAGGACGGCAAAACCAUCGAUACCACGCUCGAAAUCGAUCGGGACGUUCCGUAUGCACCGAUCGGGUCCUCCUAUUCCUGCUCCAAGCAGCUGGUGUUCCGGAACGGAUCCACGGUUCUCACGCUGGAGAAUAUUCAGGUCCAGCCGGCGAUGGAGGGCAGCACCCAGUUCGGCAGCGCCUGGGACUGCAUCGGAUUCACCACCGCGGCCAUCUGGUCCGGCAUAUUCGUGACCUCGAUCAUGGGCAUCGGACUGUCGCUGGCCAUUUGUGCCAUUCUGGAUAUCAAACCGCCGAAUCGGUUCGAGUCGCGCACCGGCAAGCAGCUCUCCUUCACCGUUCAGGAAUAAAUUUACACCACCACGAAUGGGGGUGGUAUAGUCGGGUGAUCCUUCGAAACAAAAUGUCUCUCGUUCAUUUUUAGGUUGUUGCAAAAACAGCUGAGGUUACUGAAAAUUCAAUACUAGUCGCUUUCAAUCUAUUUUCGUUGAAAAAAAGAGACAGAUAUUAUACACAAAUGACAAAACUUGAUAGUAUUAAUCAAUCAGAGUAUUAGGAGAAACUUAUUCACCUCGGCCUCAAAAUUCUAAGAAAAAAAUAAACAAAACCAUUGCUUUCAACAUUCCUCGUGAAAAGAUUAAAGACAGGUUUUCACUCAGUUGCAUUACGUUGUUGCGUUUAGGCAAACGCCCAAAGCUUCGAGACCCAAAUUUUGACUCAAAUCAAAUCUAAACGUCAUCGUCGUCGCGCGGCAGUAACCGCCAAAAAUUGGACUUUAAAACAGACAACGGGGAGAUGGGCUCAUUUGCAUCGCCGAAUAAAACUCAAAAAUUAUCUCUCCCAGAAAAAAACGCAUAAAACCGAUGCAUAUUAAAUGUUGAAGACAAACUCUAGGCGCUCGCGGUUCAAGCAUCGUUUUCGUUUUCAAAAUGGAAGCGCAAGAAACAUCCAACCCGUCUUCGGCAAGAGCUGGGAGAAGCGGUAAAAGUAGACAAAAUAAGACAGCAGUUUAAUCAUGAUUUUACAUCACACUUGACUCUACUCUACUGACUGACUAACAGACAGAAAACCAGAGUCCCAUUUGUAGGGGUUCAUUUGUUUGCCGGCACGUUGUGCUAAAAUUUUGAUUUUAUUUUCUCAUUUAGACAAAGGUUUACACGACAAAAAACUAUGUCAGCAUGGAAGUAAAACCCCUCAAAUUUCUCACAUAAACCGCAAAUCGAUAAUUAAAGUAAACGUUUUAUUGACACUCGGUUGGAUGCGGUUCAGCCUGAAAAUUUUACUGAGCGUUUCGUAAUCGUUUUCAUUAAUUUGGGGCUCGCCCGGGCGCAAAAGACUUACAAGCAUUACUGAAUAUUACACCUAUAUCUACAUGUGAAGCAAAUGAAAAUGUCGUUGUAAAUUACUGAAUGUAUUGAUGCACUCUGUCCCGUAGUUAAGUGAUAAAUAAAUGAAAAAACUACCAAUCCAAAA